AUGGCUACUAUUGCUGCUUUAUCAGCUAUUCUUGGUCAUGUACCUUCAUCCUAUUAUCAAGCAUCGAUUGCCUUCGGUGCUAAAGCAUUGAUGGUUGCUGCAAAUGUUUGGCGUCUAGGCGAAAUGGCUACUACUUAUGUUCAAGAAAGUCAAAAACGUGAAGACAAAGCGAAAGCACGCUUUGUCUUUAAUGAUUUAGAUACCGAUUCGAGUGGUUACAUUGAUGCAAUUGAAUUACAAAAACUCUUGAUUCAAUGGGGUCUACCAGAAAAUGAAGUCGAUGCUUAUCUUGCCGAGGAUGACGACAAACGUUUUUCAUUUGAAGAAUUUUACCAAAAUCUAAAACCAAUUUGGAAUUUUGCUUAUGAGCACAUGAAAGUACAAGAUGUUCCUUAA